AUGGACUCUCGUUGCCGGAGUUUGCGGCAAGACUGCAAGAAAGCCAUGACGACGUUCGUCGAAUCGGAUGCGAUUGACGGCUGCCAUCACAACCUGGCACCAUACUUUAUAAAGCCAGUUUUCGUCGGGCAAGACUCUGCCCUUGAAAUGAUCGAAGCUUGGUAUAGUCGCUUGGCUCGCGGCAACGACUACUAUGCAAUGGGAAUACAUGUGACUGACAUACCGUCUUUCCUUCAUCAAGACAAAUUUCAUGUUGGUCUGAAGCCUGCAGCUAUUUUGCGAAGGCUAGCUGUCGUUUUGAACGCUGAUUCAACAAUCGCGAUCCUCGAAGAAGAAUCAGACGGCGAGCAUGUUUAUAAGCUCCACUUCAAAAGGCUUCUGUCCAUCGAAAAGAAAAGGGACUUCACGCUGACUCUUCGGGUCCUCCAAAAAUACAUUAGGCUCAACGUUUGGCAGCGGAUCUUCGACACAUUUAGGGAUACAGUUGUCAACUUUGAGAAAGCGGGAGGUCGUGUGCGGGUCCAGUUCGUGUACGACAGCUUCUACCCACGUCGAGUACCGAAGUAUGAUAUGCUCCCCGCUCUGAGACAUCCAGAAUCCAACUGGCGAGAGGAUGCAGUACGCUUCUUUGACAAUGUUACACGUCUGUGCGACAUACACAGGGCUUAUCGUAUCGAAAACAACGACGAUUAUGACCCCACUUCACGUCCCGAAGAUGGCGAUACUCCUUACGGGACGGAUGAAGACAUCUACAGCGAUGAAGGCGAUAGCGAUGACAGUGUUGAAAGGUAUCGCCAUGAUGGUCGAGGAAAUUAUCCAGGUGCAGUGUCUUCGCCACGUCAGUACGGAAGUGACCUCAUACAAUGGAAGAACGACUUGCUAGAGGAUCUCGAAAUGGAAGAAAGUGAGGCAAUCAAAGACAUGUACGAAUACUGGGAGAGCUUCGACGCGCCCAGCUGGGUGGGUGCCUCCUCCGAGUCUGAGCACGUAGAUGGACCUGGCAUCAAGGGUAUGGAAUUAGACGCGAACGAUACAAUUCGUACAGCUACGCGAACUAUCUCAGCAUUGAGAAGGCAGAUCAAAGCAUUAAAAAUCGAAGAAGCAAGAGCGCGACAGCGCAAGAGAGACGUCCGGCGCGAACACCUUCCGUUAGCUCUCUCGGCGUUCACCGCCUCAUGGAGUCGCCCCUUCUUCGAGCAAAUGCAACGGCGUUUGCCUCGUGAAGUUCGCGACAUUGUAUACGCAUACGUCUGGGACGACAAGACACUGAAAGAUACUCGGGAUGCAUCGGCCUUGGAGAUUGUCGAAUUCUGGUACAAGUCGAUCUCAAGAGUAAAACCCGACAUAUGGGAAUUACGAACCACAGACGAACUCGACUACGUUAUCCGUGGCGACGCCUUCUCUGUCGGUUUGGAUACCACAACUGUUGUGCGCAAGUUGACACUCAGGCUUACUACCGACGGAUUCCUAAGGAACAAGGGCAAGGACACCAGCGAAUCGAAACGAACUGUCGACGCGCUGCUCCAGAUAAAGAAUAAGGCGAAUUUCAAACUAAGGCUGCGGUUGGAGCAGUCAUACCUCCAACUCAAUCCCUGGUUCACCGUCUUCGACAUCUUCCGACCCAUGAUCGAGAAAUUUGAGGAAGAAGGCGCGGACGUAAGGCUGCUUCUUGUCUACGCCCAAGAUCUUAAACCGAAAUUGGUGUUCAACAUGCUCCCCGCGUUGAAGAAUCCCGAAUCCAACUGGAGAGAGGAAGCCGCUCGUCACUUCGACAGUGAUUCCCGCGUACGCGAGCAUCACAAACACUAUCGCAUCGAAAACGACGCAGACUACGACCCGCGGGAACUUAAGAGCAGGGACUACAGCGAGGAUGACUGGGAGUCAGACGAUUACCUAGGCUAUGAAGAAACUGACUCUGACCGCGAUGAACACGGCAAAUCUAUUUCUCCGGAACCUCCAUGGACCCCUUAUGAGCCGCCGCGAUAUUAUGGAACUAUGUUUAGAGAGGAUCAGAUUGAAGAGGGGUAUGAGCUGGAUAGCGCGAGUGAGGGGGAUGACUAG